AUGCCCAGCGACGCGACGAGGUCGACGCCCCCGGGUUCGAUAUUUACACCCCCCGCUCAGCGCAGCAGAUACUCGCAGCCUAAUUUACCGACACUGUUGGUCUCCUAUAACGACGGGAGAUCCGCUUCCGGUUCACCCGACAGACGGAUAAGGAUGUCGCAGCCCACCCUGAACUCCAGUUUUUCGGGUAUUAAUUUCGUAGGGAUGAACAAAGGGAGAUUGUCGUUCCCGAGUCUGAGGGCUUCCGGGGAAAACUACGUGAAUUUCAGGAUCGAGGAGGAGAGACUCUCAGCGCCUAACGUCCAUUCCGCCGGUCUUCCCGAUCAGGAGACACGCCACUCUCAGCACGACCCUACGCACGUUCUGAAGCGAGAUCCUCCGCACAAACGCGAUCGACUGUCGCAGCCGACUCUGGUCACCGGGGACUAUUACCCCGGCAGGGGUCACCAGAGACUGUCUCAGCCCUGUCUGAGCUCCGCCAAGGAUGUCCAGCUGAUGCUCAACUCGCCCGUGAAACACAAACGUUUCUGUCCACCGUCGAAGGUGACGCAACGCGACAGGCUUCAUCAGCUCGAUUUCGGUACGUCGAGGUCCAGGUAUUUGAAGGAACUCUCGGUAGACGCCGCUGGGAAAUUCAACAGGGACAGAUUUUCCAUACCCGAACUGGAGACCGCCAACGAUCUGAAACUCAUCGCCGGUACGCCCAAGCAGAGGUUCAGCCUGGACAGUUCGCUGAACGAACCGAAGCGCAGAUCGCGACUAUUACCGAUAGCGAGUUCGCCGAUUUCGGAAAAUCUCGUGAAGAACGAGAACGAGGGCAAGAAGGCGGCCGACGGCUUGGAGAGCGUCCUCAUAGCCAGCACUACCCCCGUACUCCCCUGCGUCGAGUCGGUUUUCAACCCCGUGGACGCGUCGGCGGUUCAAACGGCGGCGGUGACGAAUUCGCAAGUACCUCAUAACCAGCGAAUGUCCGUACCGGACAUCAGCACUUCCAGUUUACGCCGGCUGUUGGACCCCCCCGCCAAACAGAGGCACAGCAUAACGGGAAACCUGCGUCAGUGUUUGCUGCCGACCAUGAGAAAGGGUAAGAACAAAUCGGACGAGAAUUUGAAAAAGAAGCUGAAAACCAAGGACUCCGACGAUUCGGUGAACAGCUUGGAAGCGGAGCGAGAUUUGGAGCCGUUCAAGAACGUGCAACGUCAUUAUUCCUACACGUACGAGAGUACCGGCGAUUUUCCGUACCUGGCGAAGGAAAGCAUGUCAGCGGUACCGCGUAAAAAAUUUCUCGAAAGUAAUUUCGACAGGAACGAACAGGUGAUAACUACCGUGAUAGAACGGGAAGUCCCGAUGAUAUUGACCAGUCCGAAAAGUCUGAACAAAGCGACGGUGUACGGAAGCGAGACGCCGAAAUGGAUGCGAAAGUACAUCGACCCGGACAACGACGUUGCGAAAAUCGGGCGAAAAAAUAACAGCCAAUCGAGCAGACGAAAGGCAUGGCAGAAUUCCAACAGGGAUUCGAUCGACUCGGUCGAUUCGGAUAAGGAGGUGGGUGCGCCGAUGAAAAUCGAGGCACAAAUAAAUUCGGUAAUAUCGACGGCGACCGACGGAUGCAAGAGAAUAACGAUUCCGAAGAGUCCCUCGGAGGUGGAAAAAAAAUUAUCGCCGUCAAUCGCUAAAGACGCCUACGUUAGAAUCGAAGCGAAUUCGAAAAAUAAUUCCGAACAAAACUACAAGACAACAACCGAAACGGAUUGGAUGGAAGAUAAUAGCCGAAAAUUAUACGGGGUGGAAUGCGAAGAAUCGGAAAGCGACGAAUCCACUUCAAUUUGAGAUCGGAUUGCGAGAGCAGUUUCGAGAAAAAUUUAGCGGGGCCUUUUGAAGAUCGUGUAAACGGUAAGAAAGAAAAUAGAAAAAAAUUAAGUCAUCGGUACACGCACGUUGGAUCAUGUGCCACAUGCGACGUAUCGGCAAUGGAUAAAAAAAAAAAGGGAUAAAAAAAAGGAUGCACGGAUGACGAUAACAAUAAUAAUAUCGAUAAUAAUACUCCGAUUAGAGGUAGACAUGUUUGACGAUAAUUGAUUGUAUGUAUUUUGUUGAUAUUUAAUAAUUCUGCGAAUUAGCGGACUCUAAAUUCUAUGUUUAAGCGUAAUAGUAUAAUAGGAUAUGAAUUUUAGAGAAGAACGUGCGAGCUGAUGUGAUUUCUUUUCUCGUUUUAUUUCCGAAUUUGCUCCAGAUUUGUAUUUCUACUGUGUAAAAUAGGUAAUAUCUAUACAAAUAACAUUGACACUAAACAAUAAACGACCCUCCUACUGCGUACCCGUAGCGGAUAACUGCAGUUUUGUCGCGAUAUGGAGAAAUAGUAUUUUAUAGCUUAUACCUAUUUAAUAUAUACGACGUAAUACACUAGUCAUACGUAACUUUGAGAGGUAUAUGCGACGGGUAUAAUAAAUAUACAUACAUACGAUAUACAUUUGAAUAUAACAUGACAAAUAUUAUAAUGUUCUUAGUAUUCGCCAUUUUGUUUAUUACCGUAUAUUUCUGUAAUAACGAUAACAAAAACAACAACGACAACAAUUGUUAUUGUUGUUGUUCUAAUUAUCGUUAUUACCAUACUCAAUACGUAUACUGUAUAUCGACAGUUUUAUUUUAUUUUUUUUUAUAAACGUGUUUAACCGUCUGUAAGCGCAUGAUAAGUUGUUGUAACAAUUAUAAUAUUGUAAUGUGUUAUGUUCGAGCUGAUUUCAUUAUACAUAAAUAAUAUGAUUAUAAUAAUUGUAGUACUGAUAAAAAGAAGAAAAAAUGAUAAUAAUAAAUACACAAAAUGACGAUAUAA